CCGACGCCAGUCAUAAGUCAAGCGCCCCCCAGCAGAAAUCUUUGUACAUGGCGGCAAAGAAGUAAGAGCAUCAUCCGCAGCUGGAAAAUUGUGUGGCCUGGGUCGACGUCACGUUUGAGGGAGCCUUUCCACCCACAUCUUCCAAAGCGGCACGGAAGCAAGACAGCAACCAUGGCGUGGGAUCAUCUUUCAAUCACGAGCGCCCAUCUGGUGUACAUCAUCUUGGGCGGCUUCACCUCGAUUUUCAUGCUCUGCUCCUCCGUCAUCAAGGAGCGCAUGUACAUCGGCGAGGCUACCGUCGCCACCAUCGUCGGCAUCAUAUUUGGACCCCAUGCCGCCAACCUCAUCAACCCCAAGGAAUGGGGCAACGUGGACGAGGUGACGCUCGAGUUCUCCCGUGUCGUCCUGGUCGUCCAGUGUUUCGCCGUCGGAGUCGAACUGCCAAAGUUCUACAUGGAAAGGCACUGGAAGUCUGUCGUGUUUCUCCUGAUUCCGGUCAUGACCUGGGGCUGGCUACUUGUGUCAGUCUUCAUCUGGUGGCUUGUCGAGCCCUUGAACUGGGUCGAGAGUCUGGUUGUAGCCGCCUGCAUGACAGCCACAGACCCAGUCUUGGCCUCGUCCGUUGUCGGCAAGGGCAAGUUUGCCAAACGUGUACCCAAACACUUGCGAGACUUGCUGUCUGCCGAAUCUGGCUGCAACGAUGGCAUGGCUUUUCCGUUCGUCUACCUGGGCAUUUACCUCAUCCAGGAGCAUCUGAGCCCUGGUGAGUCGCUGUACCACUGGUUUGUCUACACUGUUCUCUACGAGUGUGUAUUCGGCGCCAUAUAUGGAUUUGCCAUCGGCUAUAUCGCACGCCACGGCAUUAAGUAUGCCGAGCGGCACGACCUCAUCGACCGAGAGAGCUUUCUUGUCUUCUACUUCACCCUCGCCCUCUUCUGCGCGGGCUCUGGCAGCAUGUUGGGUACAGAUGACCUGCUAGUUGGUUUCGCUGCCGGUGUCGGUUUCUCCAACGACGGUUGGUUCAGUGAGAAGACCGAAGAGUCUCACGUCUCCAACGUCAUUGAUUUGUUGCUCAACUUGACCUACUUUGUCUACCUGGGCACCAUCAUCCCCUGGGAGCAGUUCAACGACGCAAGCCUUGGGCUCUCUGCCUGGAAGCUCGCGGUAUUGGCUAUCCUGGUCAUCUUCUUCCGCCGCAUUCCCAUCAUGUUGAUUCUCAAGCCCGCCAUUCCUGAUGUCAAGACAUGGCGCGAGGCUCUUUUUGCUGGUCACUUCGGCCCCAUUGGUGUCGGAGCCAUCUUCGUCGCGAUUCUGGCGCGUGCCGAAUUGUCCGUAGAAAAGACAAUUCCAUCCGGCGAGCUUCCGGCACUCGGCGAAGAGAAUCACUAUGUCACCUUGCUUGUUUGGCCGAUCGUCACCUUCAUGGUAGUGGCGUCCAUCCUGGUCCAUGGCUCCUCGAUUGCGGUCUUCACUCUUGGCAAACGCAUCAACACCCUCCAGCUCACCAUGUCAUACACGACCGCGGUCGAGGACGGUCCUACUUGGAUGAAUCGGCUGCCCAGGAUCUCCUCUCAGUCAAAAUCCCAAGCGCGGACUAUGUCUGAUACAGACUUCGACGACGUGAAGUCGCCGCAGUUCCCACCUGGAACCCUUGGGCCAACCGGAUACCCAGGCGCCUUCCUGCGGCGCCAGCGCGAGGAAGACAAGGGCUCACACAACCGGUCCUCGAGUCGCGCCUCUUCUCUUAUGUCACGACGACGGAGAAAGAGAUGGGACGAUGGCAUCGGACCUGGCGGGCCUGUCAGCCAAUCUGCCAUCUUUCCCCAGCGCCAGUCCACAGGCGAUAACCUCAGCGUCAUGUCCCCCACCGAGAACGAGAAGCAGGACGCCAUCACGCCCCAGGCCGAGACACCUUCGGAGCGCCAGGCGAGGGCCAAGGACAAUGAGAGAUCAGACGCAUCGACUUCCGAGGAUAACGUCGGCCCCAAGGGAGAAGAGGCUACUGAGCUUCAGGUCUAUGACGAGGGUGACCACGUCAUCAUUGAAGAUCAGGACGGGCAGGUCCUCGCGAUUGAAGACCCUAUCGACAACGAGACACGGCCGAAUACAGACAAGCUCAAGGAAAAGGCGAUGGAGGAAAUCCAAAAGCCUGGUUGGACAUACGAAUCAUUCAAACGGACUGUCAAAGAGUGGCGCGACGAUGAGAUCCAGAAGCGCAAGGAGAAGCCUAUGGCGCGGACCAGACACGCACCUGCUCGUGCCUACCAGUUUGGCAACACGAUCAUUGUCGAAGACGAGGACGGUGAGGUUGUCAAGAAGUACGAGCUGCCUUCGGAGCAAGGAGAGGGCAAGGACUACUUUGGCCAAGGCAUGAAGCUCAUGGGCAUGGGAGGACUCGUCGAGAAAAAGGGCGACACAGCUGGAGAGCCAAGCGCCGCAGGGCCGUCCUCGAGACCUGGAAUCAAACAAUCUUUCAGCGCCUGGGGUGGCUUCAAGCGUGGUGGCGCCGCUGAGGGCAAGAAGAAGGCUGUGGAGACAGAUGACUCGAACGAGCCAACCGAGGAAGACGACCGGCAGAUUCGUUUCACGAUUGGAGGCGUCGGUCGACGUAUGACCAAGGAAGACUUUUUGAAAGAAGUGCAGAUGCUCGACUCUCGGACUCGCCGCGAGGUGGUAGACCAGUCGAAUGCGUCUGCCGCGGUAAAGACGGCAGCGAAGCAGGAUAUUCCCACCAUCCGGGAGCCCGAGUCGACACGCAGGCCAUCCCCGCGGAAGGAGCAGACAGUGCCUGACAGCCAGGCGGAGAGUAGCACGAGCUCGAGCAGCAGUGGCAAGUCGCCAGUCCGGCCCCAAGGCGGGGAAGCACGAGGCCGUAGCAGCACCACGGGGUCAGCGGAGCACCCCAGCACUGAGGAACCCGAAACAGCAGCUGAGCGGCGGCGGCGCCUGGCUGCAUUUGCCACGGUCCGAGACGAUACCGAUGCCGACGAGACACCUGCGGAGCGCAGGAGGAGAGAAGCGGCACUGGGCCGCUCGGACGCGCCGGCUGAAGACAGCGACAGCGAUGACGACAACACUCCACGCGUGCCCCCUGCUGCGAGACGUGGCAUCCGCUUUGCGGAUGAUGCUCGGCCCAGGGCUUAGUGUGGCUGAAUGCCGCGUUUUUUUUUUUACUGGCAUCCGGCUUGAUA